UUGAAAAAUAUAGUGUACGUUGGCAGCUCUGCCAACAGCUGUUUAUAUUCUUGUUUUGGUCGAAAAAUUGUUAUUAACAAUUAUCUAGAAAAUUUAAAGUAAAAUGGCUUCAAACAAUUUGCCGGAGGAAAAUUUUGAGGGCGGCGACUUUAACUUUGAUGAUGAUGGGGAUGAUGACCAACUGGUGGCAACAAACGCCGGACGAAAGCGUCUGUUCAGCAAAGAACUGCGUUGCAUGAUGUUUGGGUUCGGGGACGACAAGAACCCCUACACGGAAACUGUUGAUCUACUGGAAGAUUUGGUCAUCGAAUACAUUGCCGAAACCACGCACAGGGCUAUGGAGAUUGGUCGAACUGGUCGUGUGCAGGUGGAGGAUAUUAUAUUCUUGGUGCGCAAAGAUCCACGCAAAUAUGCUCGAGUCAAGGACUUGCUAACCAUGAACGAAGAACUGAAAAAGGCACGCAAGGCCUUCGACGAGAUCAAGUAUGUUGGCAACGAGGGAAAGCUCAAAUGACAGAGGUCCAAAAAAGCGCAAUCCAAUCAACCGCCAACCUAACCAUAGGAAUAGGAUAUAUUUGUGUUUAGAAUGUCUUUAAUACUCUAAGGUUAUCCGUAAUAAAUUAAUCAAAAUAGUCUUCAAUGUCAA